AUUAAAAACAAUCAGUCAAGCCCUGCUCAUAUUAACGCAGAAGUAACUUUAAAAAUGUAACGUAAUUAGUUACUAGUUUAUUAGUCAAGGGAACGAUCCAAACACCUUUAUGAGACAGAAAUGCCCUUAAAAGAGCACACUUCAAGAGCUCUGCCCUUCAGGGCACAGGGAUGCUCGCCUCUGUGGAAUUCACUCAUUAUUAGUGUUCUUCUGUGUCUACUUAGGGAACGAGACUCUCAGCCUCCUCCACAAAGACACGCCCCUGACCAUACAUGGUAGGGUUUGAAGGUGAGAGGCCGUGAGCUGAGCUCCUCCUCCUCUUCCUCCUCUUCCUCUUCCUCCGCCCAGCGCUGCUCAGGGUUCAGACACACCGGAGAGCUCGGGGCUGGAUGACACUGUGGACUAAACAUGAAUAUCCUGCAGCUGCUUCUCGCUGUUCUGUGUUUCAGCAUGGGAGCUGGAGGUUUUAAUGUGGGGACGUCUGGAGCUAAGAUCUUCUCCCAGUCGGCAGAACAGUUUGGUUACUCCGUUCAACAGUUCAGCAACAGUCAAGGAAAAUGGCUCCUCGUGGGUUCCCCGUGGAAAGGAUUUCCUCAGAAUCGAAAGGGAGAAAUCUAUACGUGUGACGUUAUCAGCCCCGGAGCCAGCUGCAGCCCACUUAACCUUCAGAAUUCUGUCAGUGUGCCAGGCAUAUCCAACAGCAACAACAUCAACAUGAGCCUGGGUCUGACUCUGACUCCAACGGCCAAAAACGGCGGCUUCAUGACGUGUGGUCCUCUGUGGGCUCAGCUCUGUGGAAGUCUGUAUUUUUACCCAGGAGUCUGUGCUGAAGUGAGCCCACAGUUUACUCUCCAGUCGUCCUUCUCUCCCGCCGCUCAAACUUGUGGCAGUCUUAUGGACAUUGCCAUAGUUUUGGACGGAUCCAACAGUAUAUACCCAUGGGAGCCGAUCGUCGCUUUUCUCACGACACUGUUGAAAAACUUAGAUAUUGGACCUCAAAGCACGCAGGUGACUGUGAUGCAGUACGCCGUUGACACGUCGUUCGAGUUCUUCCUGAAUUCCCAUCAGACCAAAGAGUCCAUGAUUAAAGCAGCUUCAAAUAUUCAGCAGAAGCAAGGAUUAGAGACUAAUACUUUCAAAGCCAUUGAUUUUGCAAGAAAGAAUGCAUUCCUAGCCAAAAAUGGAGGACGUCCCGGGGCCACUAAAGUGAUGGUGGUGGUCACUGAUGGAGAGUCUCACGACGCCAGUCUGAGGAACACGGUCAUCUCGGCCUGCGAGAGCCAAAACAUCACUCGCUUCGGGAUAGCGGUGCUUGGAUAUUAUAUUAGGAAUGACAUUGACACGAGCAAACUCAUCGCUGAGAUUAAGUCGAUAGCCAGCAAUCCAACCGAAAAAUACUUCUUCAACGUGUCUGAGGAGGCGGCGCUCAUAGAGAUCGUCGGGACUCUCGGAGACCGAAUCUUCAACAUUGAAGGUGUUGGGAAAGGUUCGGGGGAUAAUUUCAAGCUGGAAAUGUCUCAAGUGGGAUUCAGCGCACACCAGACCAGAAAUAAGGAUGUGAUGUUACUGGGAGCAGCUGGAGCGUAUAACUGGAUCGGGACCGUUGUGCACCAAACUGCUCAAAAAUCUGAUGUUUUGCCCAAAGCUGCUUUUGAGAAGGUCUUGGAUGACAGAAACCACAGUUCACUACUCGGAUACUCGGUGACGUCUGUGAGCGACGGCUCGUCUGAGUUUUUCGUGGCCGGCGCUCCUCGAGCCGUUCACAGAGGACAGGUCGUAGUUUACUCUCUGAACAGCCAGAAUCAGCCGCUCAUCAUAGAUUCACAGAGAGGAGAUCAGAUCGGCUCUUAUUUCGGGAGCGUCCUGUGUCCUGUUGAUGUGGACGCUGACGGAGUGACCGACCUGCUGCUGGUCGGAGCGCCCAUGUACAUGAGCGAGGACAAAUCAGAAACGGGGAGAGUCUACCUCUUCUCCAUCACCAAGGGUGUCUUGAGUAACCAGGGUUUCCUGGAGGGUUCUCAAAAGAAUGCUCGGUUUGGGACGGCCAUCGCUGCUGUCCCCGAUCUAAACCUGGACGGCUUCAGCGAGGUGGUGGUUGGUGCUCCGCUGGAAAGCAAUGGCCAGGGUGCCAUUUACAUCUACAACGGAGACAGAAAGACCGUCAGGAAGCAGAGCUCUCAGAAAAUUGUCGGAGCGAAACUGGACCCAGCGCUGAAGUUCUUCGGCCGCUCUCUGGACGGCAGAGGAGAUAUGAACGGAGACUCCAUCCCAGAUGUGGCGGUGGGGGCUUUUGGGAAAGCUGUCCAACUCUGGAGUAGAGGAGUUGCGGUGGUCACGGCCAAGGUUUCCUUCACCCCUGAUAAGAUCAGUGUCCUGAGCAAACCGUGCCGCUAUAGCGGGAGGCAGGUGUCCUGCUUCAAGGCCAAAGUGUGUUUUAGUGCAUCAUUCAAACCAGUCAAUCCACUCGGGCCAGCGGACAUCAAGUACAACUUGACCCUGGAUGCUGACCUGCAGUCGUCCCGGGUCAGUCCUAGAGGUCACUUCAGCAGCUUGGAUCGAGUCGUCCAGAAAGACAUCAGCGUCUCUGCGCAGGAAGCGUGUGAAGAGUAUGACGUCUAUGUGCAGGAGACCCCUGACCUCGUCAACUCCAUCGCUUUGCGGGUAGACGUGGUCCUCAGCCAUCCGGACGCCAACCCCGUCCUGGACGUCUUCAGUCCUGCUGCGUGGGAGUUCUUUAUCCCGUUCUCAAAGGACUGUGGAGAAGAUGAAGUUUGCUUCAGUGACUUGGUACUGACUGUCCAGAACGAAGAGAUACUUGGCAAAACUUCCCUGGUGGUCAGCCAGAACAAGAGAAGACUCUCCUUUACCGUGAGCGUGAUGAACAGGAAGGAGAACGCAUACAAUGCUCGAGUGUCGGCCAGCUACUCCAGUAACCUGUUCUACGCUUCUGUCACGCCGCAGACUGAUGGAGCGGAGGUGAAGUGCGCUCUGAUGAAGGAAUCAGACACGCUCGUCUGCCAAGUGAGUUAUCCGGCGCUGAGGACCGACCAAUCGGUCACGUUCGUGGUCAACUUUGACUUUAACUUGAAUCGGCUUCAAAAACACGCCGAUGUGGUGUUUGAGGCUUUGAGUGACAGCUCUGAGGAAACUCCCGCGGACAAUAAAAUCUCCGUCUCCAUUCCCGUCCAGUACAACUCUGAGAUCAUCCUCAGCAGAGAAUCAAACAUAAAUGUUUACUUGCUUGAAAAAGACAACCGCUUCUCAAGCACAGUGAAGGAUUUCAAGGACAUCGGCCCAGAUUUCAACUUUAAUGUAAAGGUUUCUACAGGAAGCGUCCCGGUCAGCCUGGUUUACCUCACUGUCUCGCUGCCCGACAGCACCAAAGCUGGAAACCCUCUCCUCUACACGACCAGCGUCAAAGCCUCGCCCGCUGAAAAAAUCCACUGCGCAGACAGUCAACUGAUCGAUCCGUUUAGGAUCAGCAAAGCCCCCUACACGGCCCGAUUCACCGAGCAGAGCUUGAGAGGAACAGACGAACUGAACUGCAACACAGCCACGUGCCGCUCAAUGCAGUGUGUCCUGAAGGACCUGCAGGAGAAGAGCGAUUACUACGUCAACGUCACCACAAACAUAUGGAACGGCACCUUUGCGAUGGCUGAUUUCCUGUACACCGUGCUCUCUGUGAGAGCUGAUAUAGAGACGUCUCAACCAGAGCUGCUCUUCAUCGAACAGAAACACCUGCAGGUUGAAGUCAAAGUGAGCAAACCUGGAGCUAAAGGAGACGUUCCCAUGGGCGCCAUCAUAGGAAGUGUUAUCGGCGGGCUGUUGUUGUUGGCUCUUGCCGUCGCAUUGCUUUGGAAGCUGGGAUUCUUCAAGAGAAAGUAUCAGCCGAUGAUGAACGCGGCUGAGAACGGAGCAGAGAAUCAGGAGCUGCAGGAAAACAGCGAGACACCUUGAGACAUCUCUGCUUCCUUCAGGAUAGCCAAAGGGCUAGAAAGAGCAAGCUGGGGGUUUAAAAAUUGCCAGUUUCUGAAUAGCAAGUCAAAUCCUGGCAUUCGAAACCCGUUCAUCUUUCGCACGUUUCCCUGCUUGACUUGAAUGCUGGCGAAUCUUUUUGGCGCAGUCUUUCCGCUUCCAUUCAUUUCCUGAAUAGUUAGAUGUUUUUGACUAUAGUGACUCUUCAGAAGUCAUGAGUGGUGAGUGUCUUUGAGCUCAUUUAAACUAUAGCUGCAGGCCUCCAUCCACCACAGAAGCACCAUCUUCAUUAGUUCAUCGUUCUUGUUCUGUUUUUUUCCUCUGUUCGCAUUUUGAUAGGAAAGGAUGAUGAAUACAAAAACAAUGUUCAGACUUUAAAAUAUGGAGCACAAAACCAGUCUUAAAGGAAUAGUUCACCCAAAAAUGAAAAUGACCCCAUAUUUUACUCACACCGAAGCCAUCCUAGGUGUAUAUGACUUUCUUCUUUCAGAGUUUUUAAGAAUGUACGCCGUCUCUUCCAAACUAGAAAUAGUUUUGUUGCAAAAACCCAUGGAUCUGCUUCAGAAGUCACGUGAUAACCCCCCGAAGGCUUAUAGGUUAGUUUUACAUUGCGUAAAGGUUAGUACGUAAUAUCUGAUUUCCAGAGCGUCAACAUAGUGGCCGCUGUCCACCAGCAUUACACAGCUUGAAAGAGACGGGAUACAUAAAACAAAUCUGUUCGUCUGAUCAAAGAAAGUCAUAGACACCUAGGAUGGCUCUGAUGUGAGUAAAAUAUGGAGUGACUUUCAUUUUUGAGUGAACUAUUCCUUUAAGACUCUCUGCCAAAAACACAUUGUACUGGUCAAAAUGAUCAAUUUUUCUUCAGCAAAAAUAAUUAAGUAAAGAUCAUGAGGAUAUUUCCUACCAUAUCAAAACCUUUUUGAUUAGUAAGAACUUCAUCUGGACAACUUUAAAGGUUUUUUUGCACACUCAGAUCACAGGUUUUCUAAUUGUUGUAUGUCAGCCAAACAUUGUCUGAUCAUAACAAACCACAUAUCAAUGGAAAGAUUACCCCAAAAAAAAACAUUUAGCUUUUAUAUGAUGUAUAAAUCUCAAUUGUAAAAAACUGACCCUUAUGGCUGGUUUUGUGGUCCAGGGUCACGUGGAGCUUUAUAUGUUAUUGAAUUUCAGUUGAAGCCAAGACGAGGUCUACUCAGAGUCAAGAAAUCAACUUUAGGAACGGACUCCAUCAUAACUCCACUGCACAAAUACACAAAACUUAGGCUGCAUGUGUGUGUAGCGUCACACACCUUACCAAAGAUCUUAAGAUGUAUGCAUAUCCUAACAUACCAGGCCUAAAGAGAUCAUCGGUGGCGUACGAGGACCUUUGAUUAACUUUAGUGAACAAAUUUGCUCAUUUAUUUCAUAUACCGGAGUACUGCGUUUCCCAAACUCUUCUCCCUGAAAUUCUAAAGGAGUAUUUAUACAGUAUCUGUGAAGAAAAGCCUUCGCAAAAUUGUAUUGAGACCAUUUUUUAUGAAACCAUAAAAAAGGUUUAUGCCCGAAGCAGCUUUAUCAUGGUGAACAUGAGCAAAUACCUCCAGGAGUGAGCCGUGCCACUGAACACAACACAUCAGGGACAUACAUGAGAAAAUACAUCAUUGUGACUACUUGCACAAAUCAAUCAAGUUAUAAAUAAGAAACACUUAACAUUAAUCUUGAUGUAAGCAAUACAUAAAGCAAUUUUUAAUGCAGCUUUUACGCAAUGCAUUGUUUCUUAUUUCUAACUUGUCAUUAUUUGUCAAAUUAUAUUUACAAAUGUAUAAUGACAUUUCAAACUACUUAACUGCUUUAAAAAAGCGCCCCGUUACGCCAUUUUUAAGCUAUUAUUAUUGUUUUGGGCGUCUCCUACAGUAGCUUUCAUUAAUUCAGUCUCACUAAACCCCUCCCUUCCGUGAGCUUGCUCUGCUCUGAUUGGUCAGACGGCCUAGUCUUUUGUGAUUGGUCUACAGCACACAGCUUUAAACGAUGUUUGUGGGCGUGGUCAGGUUAUUAUGCGGGAACGACGUGAAUGCGUAGCAUCGUUUGAAUUAGGAACGCCUCGUUAAGACGAUAUAGAGUCCGUUCUUUAUUUUAGGAGACAGUAACUUGAUUUAUGGUCACAGAGCGUUUACAUUCACAGUAUUGGAAGUGGCUUAACAGGGGCACACGAUGUGGUUAAAUAUUGUGAAAUGUCAAACAUGUGUUUCAAACAAUACUACAUGAUUUCAGGGUGAUCUUCUACUGAUGUGACGUUUUUCGGAAGUCUUUGAGGAUUUCCCUUAAUGUUUACAUGAUGUUUUUGCACUGGUACUACUUUUUAGACGCUUUCUAUUCAAGAGAAAAAGUAUGAUGUUUUGAUUAAAAGCUUUGUUUCAUCAGGUGUUACAGGAAAACUUUGAGCUUUGUAUUUUUUCAAUAAAACUCGCUGGCUAGUUAA